AUGAGGAGGAGAGUCAUGAAUGCAACGACAAAAGUGACACUCCUCACUGUAUUGGUCUUUUGGAGCUGUGAAGUAGAAUGCAACCAUCCUCACCCACUUGACCCUCUAACCCCUUCGGAGCUCAACCGUAUCCGAACCAUAGUCCAGAAAUCAUACCCAACCUCAAAAACCACCAACUCACAGUCUCAUCUUCAACUACGUGGGUUUGGACGAACCCAACAAGUCCCAAAUCCUCUCAUGGAUAUCCUCAAAAACCCCAAAAUCAAACCAUCUUCUCCACCACCUCGUCGAGCCUUCGUCGUAGUUCGGUUCCAAAAACACUCUCACCAGAUCAAGUGGACUUGUCCACUCCUUCCAUCGUCUCAAAGAACGUGUACGAGGAAACGGGUACCCUAUGCAGACUUCGGCGAGCAAACCGUGGCGUCACAGCUUCCAUUCAGCUACGAACCGUUUAAGGAGUCUUUGAGGAAUAGGGGUCUGAACGCGUCUCAGGUUCUGUGUGCUUCAUUCUCUAUUGGAUGGUUCGGAGAAGCCAAGAGCAAACGGAACGUGAAGGUUAAGUGUUACUACACGAAUGGCACUGCAAAUUUUUACGCGAGGCCUUUGGAAGGGGUGGCUGCAGUGGUUGACCUAGAUGAGAUGAAAAUUGUAGGCUACGAUGAUAGAUACGUGAUUCCAGUGCCAAAAGCAGAGGGUACUGAGUACAGAGCUUCUAAGCUGAAACCACCCCCUGGUCCAAAGCUUAAGGGAAUUGUUGCAGUCAACGCAACAAGUGACCUGGAUUCACAUUGA